AUGGCCGACGCUCUUGCGACGCAACUAAACAACACAAGUUUGGGGGAUGCGAAUGCAGACCUUAAAUGGAAAGACCAACUAAAGCUCCCAGCAAAGGAUGGUAGACCACAGACUGAGGAUGUGACCGCUACCAAGGGCCUAGAGUUUGAAGACUUCUAUAUCAAGCGAGAGCUCAUGAUGGGCAUUUUCGAGGCUGGAUUCGAGAAGCCAUCUCCGAUCCAAGAGGAAACAAUCCCAGUCGCCCUUACCGGGAGGGAUAUCCUGGCCAGGGCGAAAAACGGCACCGGGAAAACCGCCGCUUUCGUUAUCCCUACGCUCGAACGCAUCAAUCCCAAAAGCACAAAAACUCAGGCGCUUAUCCUUGUCCCAACACGAGAGCUUGCGCUUCAAACUUCCCACGUCUGCAAAACCCUUGGCAAACACCUCGGGAUCAAUGUCAUGGUUACCACUGGAGGUACUGGGCUGAUGGAUGACAUCAUCAGACUCAACGAUGCUGUUCACAUCCUCGUGGGAACACCAGGUAGAGUACUGGACCUGGCCAGUAAGGGUGUUGCGGACUUGUCCGAAUGUCCUACGUUUGUUAUGGAUGAGGCGGACAAACUACUUUCUCCCGAAUUUACCCCUGUCAUUGAGCAGCUUCUCUCGUUCCAUCCCAAAGACCGGCAGGUCAUGCUCUUCAGUGCCACAUUUCCUAUGAUCGUCAAGUCUUUCAAGGAUAGGCACAUGCGCAAUCCCUACGAGAUCAACCUAAUGGACGAGCUUACCCUUCGCGGCAUCACUCAAUACUAUGCAUUUGUGGAAGAAAAGCAGAAGGUCCACUGCCUAAACACGCUUUUCUCAAAAUUACAGAUAAACCAGUCCAUCAUUUUCUGCAAUUCAACAAAUCGAGUGGAACUGCUGGCAAAGAAAAUAACGGAGCUAGGCUAUUCAUGCUUCUAUUCGCAUGCCCGGAUGCUGCAGCAACAUCGUAACCGCGUGUUCCACGAUUUUCGAAACGGUGUUUGCCGCAACCUAGUGUGCUCGGAUUUGCUAACCCGAGGUAUUGACAUUCAGGCUGUCAACGUGGUCAUCAACUUUGAUUUUCCCAAAAACGCCGAAACCUAUCUUCACCGUAUUGGCCGGUCAGGUCGUUUUGGACAUCUGGGUUUAGCGAUCAACCUCAUCAAUUGGGAUGAUCGUUUCAACUUAUAUAAGAUUGAGCAGGAAUUGGGGACCGAGAUUCAACCAAUCCCGCAGAACAUUGACAAGAAGCUCUAUGUGUACGACUCGCCGGACACCAUUCCCCGGCCUAUCUCAAAUCCACCUCAACAAUUAAAGGGCGCCAUUCCUGCGUCCAACCCUAACCUCAAUGAUCGCCGUCAUAAUCAUCACACAAAUGGUGGACAUUACCAGUCGAGAGGGCGAGGGUCAUACCGCGGCGGCCGUGGACAAGUUCAGCGCCGCAACAUGCAGAACGACGGGGCGAGAUUUAACGCUUCUCAAGGGCAUACCAGUGGGAAGCCUCAACCUCCGACGCAGGUGUCCUAG